ACUAUAAUUCCGAAAUAAUUAACCUAAAUCUGAUUUAAACAAAGUUUUUUUUUAAAACACAUUUUUCAUCAAAUUAAACACACCAUUAAUAAAAUAAAAGAAAGAGAACCAGAUCCAUUUCAACAAAAGGGUGAAUCACUGUGAAAUUUUCAAGUGAUGGCUGUGCAUGAUGACGUAAAUGGUUCAAUAGAGAAAACAAGCAGUGGCAUGGAUGAGUUGCCGACUUUCAACGUUGAGAAUCUGCAGAGCAACAUGAAAGUCAUUUACUACAGCCGUACAUUCUUGUCAAUCAUUGGUGGUGCCAUAGCUGGGAUACUGGGACUUACUGGCUUGACGGGAUUCAUUUUUUAUUUCGUUGUUAUGGCAAUUACUUCAGUAGCUCUUGCGGCAAAGGCCAGAUUUUCAAUACACUCCUACUUUGACAGCUGGAAUCGCAUUAUCUUUGACGGAUUUCUUGGAGAGCUUAUGUCGUUCGUGCUCUUCUGGACAUUUGCGUACGACAUUGUGCACAUAUUCUGAUGAGAUCGAGGUGGAACGAAGAGUAUCGCUUGCCUUACGAGUUACAACAAUAAUGAGGCCCUUCUAACCUGCAAGUCAAGAGAGUGGAGACCUAAGUUGCACGGACUCUUCAUUUUUGAUGCCGCACCUGUGUCGGAUUCUUCAAAAAUACACUAGUUUUUGCGAAUCCGACAUGCACCCAUUAACAUUUUUGACGAGUCCGAGCAACAUAGCUGGAGACAUUUCAAGAUUUUAGUUCACAUACAUGGUGUUUUUCUUCUAAUAAAUUCUUUUGGAAUUUGUUCUGUAAAGAAGAAGGUGAAAAAUUCAAUAUCAAGUUUUGUUAGUAACUUUUCUUUUCAUCA